AUGAGUGAAAGUGGCAAAAUUCGGCGUCGCGUAAAGAAAGUGACCCAAGAUGGUGAGGUACAAAAAGUUCAUAUUCGUGUAAAGAAGCCAAGGGCUCUUGAUGAGAACGGAAACUACCUUCCUCAUAAGCAUCAUCAUACAAAUACAAUAACGGAUACAUUCACAGAAGUUUCAAUGAUUCCAUAUCAAACAAAUGAUCUUACUGCAAUCAAUACUCAAACCGUAACUGAUGAUUACAAUUAUAAUAAUAAAAAGAAUAGCGUUGAAAUUAAAUUACCACAUCAAAACAGCACUGACACUAAAUCCGAACGUAGCACCCGCUCACAUAAGAAAUAUUCUGCAAAAGCUUUACAAGUUUUUGAAGAACUUGAACCUGGAUGGGUUGAAACGAGAAUAACACAGAAGAGAUUCCUUAAGCAUGAUUCUGAUGAUGAAUUUGCUGUUUUUACACAAGAACCAGAGUCAACAAUCGUUGAUACUGUUCAUUCAACACAAACUCUCUCUCAAACCCAAGAACUUAUGGUUACAACAAAUACAAUCGAUUUCGGAGAUGUUAUGGAUGAUCCAUUCUUCAACGAAAUUCAGCAAGGAAUUUUGGCAGAAAGAGAAGCCAGAAUUCAGGCUAAGAUACGUGCUAAAGAAGGAACAUUUACUGAUGAUUCUGUUGCUUCGAUUACAAAGACAAUGGAUAUUGAAGAAGAUAUUCCACAUUAUAGACUUUAUCCAAAGUCAACAUGCCCAGAGAAAUACAGAUUAGAGUCAGAAUAUUCUAUUAUCUCAGAACCACCAUAUCGUAGCCAGAGUGAUAUGACAGAAGUUGAAAUUUUAGUUGAAGCUAACCCAGAAACAGCUGAUUAUAUUGAAGCAGAUUCUAAUGAAGAAAGAGUAGAAAUAUUUGUUGAACAAACUGCUUCUACCAGCGAUGUUGUUCAAAUUAAUCCACAACUUCGUGAGUCUUUAAGUAAUGCACAAUCAGAUGAUAGACAAGAUUCAGAUGAAUUACAUUCAUUUAGUGGUUAUGAAACGGGCGAAGAAGAAGAAUAUUAUUAUUCAGAAUCAGAGAAUUGA